AUGGCGGUGAACAGGAGUAAAGACCGCGGCCAUUCGGGGUUCUUUUCCCGUAUCGUAGCUCCACCGAGGGCUACAGCGGACAAAAAGAGUCUGGAGAAAGCUUGGAAACUAAUGGAUAAAGUGGUAAAGUCGUGUCAACACCCUAGGAUGCAUUUAAAGAACAGCCCGCCGUAUAUUCUCGAUAUCUUGCCUGACACUUACCAACACCUCAAAUUGAUCUGGUCAAAAUAUGAGGAUCGACCGCAGUUUUUAAAUGACUGCGAAUAUUUUCGCAUUUUCCUGGAUAAUCUUAUCCGUAAAACAAAGCAGGCUACUAAACUGUUCAAAGACGGGAAAGAGAAAAUGUUCGAGGAGUCUUCCCAAUAUCGACGUAGUUUGACGAAGUUGUCUCUGAUUUUCAGUCACAUGCUUUCUGAACUCAAGGCGAUAUUUCCAAAUGGACUUUACAAUGGGGACAACUUUAGAAUCACAAAAAACGACGCUUCUGAUUUCUGGAAGAGAUCGUUCGGUAUUAG